AGUGAGUACGUUUACGAGGUGCAUACACAAUAACAUAUUAUUCAGUCAGUCCUCCGCAAAAGAACAAUCUCUCUCUACUCCACCACCUCCACCGAUACUCGAAGAUCUGAGAUUCUGAAUCAACUCCCGCGAAUCGAGUUGAUACCAUCGACAAGGCUCCAUGAUGGCGUAGGAAUUAGGUGGGGAGAACACGAGGAAGGGGAGGAAAUGGGAUUUGCCCAUGAUCAUCAUCAAAUCAUUGGAGUAGGGGCUGCACAGGGGAGAAUGCUGCUGCUGUAGCGUCCGCAAAGACGAGCUCUUCUUUCGGAGGGUUCUUCCAGUUCCUCUUUUGAAGUCAAUAUAUAAUUGAAAGAUGGCUGCUGAUCUUGUCAACACGGCCACAAGUAAUAAAUUGGCAGAAAUGGAUUGGGCGAAGAACAUCGAGAUCUGUGAGUUAGUUGCUCAUGAUCCAGGGGUAUCGAAAGAUAUUAUUAAGACCAUCAAAAAACGACUGGGGAGUAAACAUUCAAAUGCACAACUCUAUGCAGUCAUGUUGUUGGAGAUGCUGAUGAACAAUAUUGGGGAACCUGUUCAUAAGCAAGUCAUUGAAUUAGGGAUUCUACCUAUUCUUGUGAAGAUAGUUAAGAAAAAGACUGACUUGCCGGUACGAGAGAGGAUAUUUCUCCUUCUAGAUGCCACACAAACAUCCCUUGGUGGUGCUUCUGGGAAGUUCCCUCAAUAUUAUUCUGCAUUCUAUGACCUUGUGAGUUCUGGAGUUCAGUUUCCCCAGAGGUCUCUGUCCAUAUUGUCAGAUAAUGCUCCUGCACAAGUUGUGAGGAGAUCCUCACGUCAUCCUACUCCAGAAGCAAUUAAAAAGAGUCCUUCUGACAGGGAGCCAGCAUCUAGUAGACAGGAUGGAUUUUCUCAGCAAUCAGGCACACAUUCCGUCUCUGAAUUGAGUAUCGUUCAGAAGGCCCGUAAUGCAUUAGAGGUUCUGAAGGACGUACUUGAUGCUGUUGAUGCUCGACAUCCUGAGAUUGCAAAAGAUGAGUUCACACUUGAUCUCGUGGAGCAGUGUUCUUUCCAAAAACAACGAGUAAUGCAUCUUGUGAUGACUUCUAGGGAUGAGAAGGUGGUUUCUCAAGCAAUUGAUUUAAACGAGCAGCUUCAAAAUGUUCUUGCACGACAUGAUGCUCUCCUCUUGGGUAGGUCUGGCACACCAGCCAGUCAUGUUAAUUAUGAAGAGAUUGAGGAAGAGGAAGAUGAACAGCUUUUCCGAAGGUUACGGAAAGGAAAAGCUUGUGUGAGGCCUGAAGAUGAAGAGGGGACAGUGCAAAGGCCAUUAGACUUGUUUGGAUCACAUGUUCCCGGAGAAAUACCGUACCGUCCACUUAUACGGUCUCCAUCUACAACGCUAUCCGGGGAAUCCAAUGGGCAGGGUCCAGCUGUGGCAAUCCCUCCUCCACCAGCAAAACACGUUGAGAGAGUAAAAUUUUUUCAAGAAAAGAAGUCGGAUAGUUCUGCUGUGGCUGGACACAUGAGGGGGCUAUCAUUACAUAGUCGCAAUGCCAGCAGUUCACACAGUGGAAGCAUCUUUUCCAGUGACUGAUCUUUUUCAUGCUUCGGUCUGAGAUGGGUGCAAACUCUGCCAUCAUCUGAUGCGGAGCUAUAUACUUCUUUCUGAACCUCAACUCAUGGAUGUAUGCAAGCUGCUCCUUUGUAUUGGCAACAAGAACACAAUGACUUAGUGAUAUGGGCUUUGCAUCAGUCAAGCGUCUCUCACUGUGUUGUGUAGUCCACAAUGCAGGUAAUUGCAUUGGGGGAGAGCUUCAGAUUAUAUUCAUAUGCGGGAAGUUAUGUUAUCAGUGUUUUGCCU